AUGUCCAUCUUCGCCAUCUUGUAUAAAGGGUUGUUCACCUUAAGAAUCUCGAGGUGUGUCUUUCAGGGCACGAAAGGACGUUUUAAUGGAGUUUCUGGUGAUAAAUCUGGAAAAGCAGAGGUAAAAAUUUUGUACUUAGGAUAUCCGACAAACAUGGUAUUCACAAACAGCUUAAUUACUGACUGUCUUUUUCAAGACCUUGGUCAUGAAGACAAUAGCUUUGCUUUGUCAUUUUGGUCUUAUAGCAAUGAGAAUUCCAUUUAUGUGGCGGGCGGAUUUUCGGUACAGCUACGUCAGGUGACAAUUAAUUCUACGUAUGGUUAUGCUUUCUUUGGAGCUGGACCUACUAAAAUAAAAUACACGGUUCCUGAUUUAAAGCUAUUCCUGGACCACUGCAUUCUAUCGAAUAACAGAAUUGGAAUAAGAAUGACAACAACUUCGUCACUUUGCCCUCCGCAUUACAGAGUAUGUCCAACUAGCAGCAAAAUAUUAUCUGUUAAACACAGUCUUUUCGUUGGAGGAAGCGAGACUCGACAGUUCGGUGACGCAAUCAGGCUACUAGUGGAUACACUCUUCUCUUUACACAGACCAAGUGAUCUCAAAUGCAAAGUUACUCUCGAAAACGUCACCUUUCAAGAAUUCCAUAACAGCGUUCUCUAUGUAGAAAUGCAAAGGAAUGUAACAGGCCUUAUUAACGUCACCAACUGCAAGUUUCUAAACAAUUCUUACUUUGCUUAUCACCUGGAUGAAAAACCCACUGUAAAUAUCAUAUUUAAAGAGGAGGACCCUCCAAAAUGCCUCAAUAGAACUCACAAUAGUAAAUUUUUGUGGUGUAACAAAACUCAGUUUCCGGUGAUAUUUGAAAACAGCAUAUUCCAAAAUAACGUUGCCAUCACAGGAGCAUUGAAUUUGUUCAAUGUAAACGCCACCUUCAAAAAUUGCACUUUCAAAGACAACGCAGGAUCAUCUCCGGGAGGACAUAUUUAUAUGAAAAUAGGUUACGGUAGUCUUAACAUCAUCAACAGCAACUUUCUUCAGUCACGUUUAAAACCACAUUCAAAUGUAGAGCCAUGGCGAAUUUCAAAUGAUGGAUGCUUUUUGUAUUCUGAGAGCGUUGGACCGGUCAUUAUUAGAAACUCGUCAUUUUCAGCAAACAUUAACAAGAAGUUCUACCCAAUCUUAGCUGUCACAAAGAGCAGUUUACUGUACGUAGAUGCAACUUCUACCAUUAAAUGUCCAUCUGCCAGGUGGCUUAAAAUGGAUAACAACCAAAAAACCAAGGGUUUUACGUUUACCAAAGGGGGCGAGACCUGUUGGAUUGACGUUAGAUACGUCAAAAUAUUUUGCGAAGAAUGUCCUUCUGGAUUUUAUAGUCUACAGAGAGGAUUUAUAUCUGGUUUAAAUAAAAAUAAAGAAACUAAAUGUCUCAAAUGUCCAUAUGGAGCGUCGUGUAAGAAUGGAAAAAUCAAGGCCAAAGAGAACUUUUUUUUUUUUUGGGCUUAA